UGCUGUAAACAGACGGUGCAUGAAUAACGUUCAUUCAUUGUCAAAGUUGGCUGGGCUCCAGCAUCACAGAUGCAGUUUUCUCACUGAAUAUCCCUAUGGUGCAGUAGGUAAAUUUCAUCUGAAUCCUGUCACAAUCAGAGCGUAUAGGGUAGUAGAGUGCAGUCAGGAUUGCUUGUGUACGCCAUACUGACUGAGGAGAUUCGCAUCAACUAGGGCACUAACUGUGGCAGCUAUAAACAGGUACUCACUGAACUGUCAUCAGAUUUUGUUACAGAAUGGCAGAAGCAGCUGAAUCUAACUUGGAAGAGUACAAAAAGAAGAACAUGAAUGCAUUUGUGGUUGGAUAUACGGGAGAAGUGGGCAAAGCUCUGGUGAAACAUCUGGCCCAGGUGAAACCAUUCCAGAAAGUCUACCUGCUUGGACGAAGAGAGGUCACUCUUGAUGUAGAGGAUCCAUCCUAUUUUGAACAAAAAUCUGUAGAUUUUGAAAAGCUAGAAGAGUCGUCGGAUCUUUUCAAAGGAAUUGGUGUAGGUUUUUGUGCGUUGGGAACAACUAAGGCUAAGGCAGGGGCGAAAGGGUUUGUACAGGUUGACCAUGACUUUGUUGUGAAGACAGCCGAAGUGGCAAAAGCUGCAGGGUGUGAGCACUUCAACUUAGUGUCCUCACAGGGCGCUGACAAAAAUAGCUCCUUCCUUUAUACUAAAACGAAGGGACAAGCUGAAGAGGCUAUAAAAGCUAUGGCCUAUCAGAGGUAUUCAAUCUUCAGGCCAGGAGUGCUGCUGUGUGACAGACAGGAAUCUCGAGCAGGAGAAAGUUUUGUUCGUUUCCUUCUCAAACCUGUGGCUGCGUUGUUCCCCACAGCUAUUAGUACUCCAGUGGAUGUCUUGGUUAAAGCCAUGAUCAACAAUGUGAUUGCCACACCGGACAAAGCCAAGGACUUUGAGCUUUAUGAGAACAAAGCUAUUCAUAUGUUAGGAGGUAACCUGAAAAGCUCCUGCAGUGAGAAGACAAAAGUUGACUCCGCCCCAGAAAAGUAGAGAGAAAUGUAUGCUUCUUAGUGGCCAUCAAUACAGCCAUAUACAUGUUGUCUUACAUCUGAAAUAUGCAGGCCUCCCACCUGUCAUACUUUUCUUGUUUUCUCAGACAGGCCUCCCAUCUGUCACACUUUUCUUACUUUAUCAUUCAGGCCUCCCUCAUGUCCUACUUAUCAGUCAGGCCUCCCACAUGUCCUGCUUAUCAGUCAGGCCUCCUUCAUGUCCUACUUAUCAGUCAGGCCUCCCUCAUGUCCUACUUUUUCAGACAGGUCUCCCUCAUGUCCUACUUUUUCAGACAGGUCUCUCUCAUGUCCUUCUUUUUCAGACAGAACUCCUUCAUGUCCUACUUUUUCAGGCAGGCCUCCCUCAUGUCCUACCUUCUCUUCAAGGCUUCCCACCUGCCCUAAUUAUUCCAUCUUUUCAGACAGGCCUCCAACCCAUUUUACUUUUCCUAUUUUUUUCAGACAGGCCUCCCAUCUGUCCAAUUUGUUCAGACAGGCCUCACCCUGUCCAAAUUUUUGCAGCAUUUCACACAUCCUUGUUAACUAGAGAAUAGGCAUCUCCUUAUAGUGAGGAAUUUGGACAAUCAUUUCACUGUAGAAAACUUUCAAUACAUUACCAUAACAUCUUUUACAUGGUAAUGAUUCUGGAUUGUUUUAGUCACCUCGUAUUGGGUGUAUGUUUGAUACAUUGCUAUUGUGAAUUGGACACUCUAUAAAACUCUCACUGCACAACAUGUUCAUUCCUUACGUACUACAUCUGAUGUGGUUUCUGUUUGUUAAUAUAGUCCUGUAUGUGUACAUUAAGAGUGGAAAACAUUCCAGCUGUGUAGGGUAAUUUUUUCACAGUAUUUUUUGUAGUAUUAAAAUACUUUUGUACGGUUCUUUGAAAACGUGUUCAGAGUAAUAUAUCAUGUUAAAUUCGGUGGUAAAUUCGGCAUUCAUUUGAUUUAUGAAAUGAAUUGAUAUAGACUGCUGCAUGAAGAGCAACCACGCUAAAACACAUCCAUAACAAUCUGCUAUAAAUUAUUCUUUUAUCUGUCUUUGUUAAUCUUUUUUUUUUUUUGUAUGUGGCAUAAAAUUGAAUGCAUUUAAUGUACGACUGUAAAUAUUCUCAUGGCGUUUGUUAUUCUGGAUACCACUCAACUACGGAAGAUGUAUGCCUGUAUUGUGGUAAUUAAAAGUUGUGAUGUUGCACUGUACUGUUUGGGGUGACAAAGCACAAAUAUAUAAAAUGAAGGCAGUUGAUUUUGAA